UUUUUGGAAUCCUUUCAUCGUCAAUUUUGUUUCAUCGACAAUUUCUUCGAUGUGACAGAAGUACUGAGAAUACAGGAGUGUUCUCCAAUCCCACUGUCUUAUUUGCUGAACUCUAUUCAUUUAACUCUCUGCUCCAAAUCUGUCAGCUGUAUGUGGACAAAACCAAUCAGUUGACUGUACAUAUGUUGUAAAGUUGUAUUUUGAAAAUUGGCAUGAUUCACUAAUAAAAAUAUGUCAGAUAGGGUUAUAGCAACCCAGAGGAAGGGUUCCCAAGAUGGUGGAAAUACAGUCCUGUCACCUCCAAGUCAAACCAUAAUGUAAAUUACAUUUCUCCUUUGGUGUACUUAUCCAGGCUACCUUGGCUAAGAAAAACAUUGAUUCCUGGAAUCAUGUUUUUAUGUUAGUGUUCAGUACUAGUUUAUACUUAAAUUAUAAGCGGCUUACAAACCAAACACUGUGUGAGGCUAGUGGGCGCUUGAGUGGGGAAAGGAUCCCAUGGUGCUCCAUAGGGCAGACGAGCAGCAAACCCCUCUACAUUUGACCAUCGAUCUCUUGAAGGAUAACCAGGGGAAAAGAACAACUGGAGGCAUCAGUGAUGAUUGUUGCAGAGGGAUAUGAUGUUUUGGAUGGUACGUCUUUACUAAAUGACGACAUGAUAGAGGAUGAUGACGGUGCUAGCUCGUCUGCCUAUGUGGAGCUGGAGAGGCUGGAGAGAGAGACUGCUGCUGCUCGUAGCCAUCACAGUACUAGCUCCACCGUAACAGCCAUCUCUGUCCCACCGGCAUCCCCACCUUCAUACAGGGUCCCUUCCGCCUCACCCAUAGCCUCUGAACUGCCGGUCCCUCAGGCCAUUCAGGCAUUUAAAGAGUCUGCUAACAUGGUUGCUGCCUUUAACCUGCAGUGGAAGGAUGAAAUCUCAGCAAUGCGCUAUGAACUGGCAGAGCUGCGUAGAGAUGUCUGUGGGGAAUUGAAGACUUUCAACAGUAACUUCUUCAACUUUACUCAGUGCUACAACAUGUGGACUUUGUGUCGGGAGCCUUGCAGUGACAGCACCACACAAACAGAUGACAGAGUGUCCAUAGGAAUUCAAGCAGGCUCAAGCUGGUCCAUUCGACAGAAUACAGAGGACAAGUCAGUGAUGUGUCAACCAGAGCCAGCCCCCUUCAGCAUCAUGGAUUUGAUGGACCCACCACGAAUUGAGAUUAUAGAGGGAACCCCUGAGAGCACACCAGAGGGGUCAGGCAGCCCUGCCAGCCCACUUCCAAUAGAGGAUUUCCCAUGGGAGAUCAACAAAAAGCAAAAGGCUCAAAAGCAGCCAGACAUAGGUGGCCACACAGGUGGUCACAGAAGCGCCAGUUUAGAACUGUGGAGCAGGAAGUACACCAGUGGGCCCAUGUCAUAUUUGUCUAUGUCAUUCUAAUCAUUCCCAUUCUACGCAAACUGUAAAAUGAGAUGAGGAAGCCAGGGAAAAAACAUGACAUUUACCAAGAAAGGCAGGGCAGAGCUGUUGUUAGAUGUCCCUUUACUCUAUGCAGACACAGUGUCUGUCAUCUCUUGAACAGGUUACAAUGUUGUUCAAGCAAUCUUCUAACAAGUGUCUUGGUUAGCCAUGGAAUACGAGAAUGACUGUUUUACACCAGAAUGAGGUGACACAAGAAUGUGAGAGAGAAUGUGGCUGAUGUUAAGAUCCUCAAGUGCCAACAAGUGCAGCAUCAUCUUCCCUCCGCUGUCUUAAAUACCCAACCUUCAGAAAACACGUCACUUCAAGUAAAUAUGAUCAGAAUCUGACGGUCAUAUAAAGAUAAAACUCAAUAAUCAGCCAUUGUGAGGUGAGGCAUAAGUUUGUCUGUUUCUGCAAAUGAAUAGCUCAUGUUCAUUCCAGUUUCUCUUCCUGUAGAAACAUUAUCUUAAGCACCUGAGUAUACUGAAAGAAUACUGUGAAUAACUUUAUAAACCCUAGUUUUUUAAUAAAUGCAUUAAAGAUGAUACAUUAAUGAAUAUAUUGAUAUAUAAUUUACUUUUUUGUUAUUCUAAUCAAAUCAUUCCUUUUACAUGGCCUUUAUCCAUUUUGUAGCCAGUUCCAGUUGAAAUGGGCAUUUAGAAAAUAUUCAACUUACAAAGGUUUUCUCAAUGGCAAACUGGUGUACAACACAGCAUGAAGAAGUUAACUGUAAUAAUUUGAUUUAAAAAAGUAGCUGACAAUUCAACUUCUAAUGAGUUUUUUUAAUAAUCAUUUGGAACACUGUAUGGAUGACACUGUCUCAAGGCUUUGUGGACUUGGUCCCUGCCUAUAUUGUUUACGAUAAAUCACUUAUGAGUCACUUUAAAGUCUAACAGCAUGUAGAGGGGAUACAGUAAGGGGGAUUCACAAGCAUGAAUGUAUUGGCUUUAGUUCAUUCUU